AUGCACAAUCUUCAUCACUUUGGGGUCCAACCAUUGCGUCGAUCUCGGCCUAAUAAUACCGGCGCCCGUCCUGUUCUGAAGCGAAAUACACCUCGGGUUUAUGCAGACCAGAUUGUUUCCCUCGCCCGCCUCCCCUCCCCUCUUUGUCUGCCUCCACGGGCUAACUGGGCACUGGACGGGGAAGACGUUCAGGCCGAUUGGCCUGUUAAUAACUCGACGUUGUGUGGUUGCACCGAGAAGAGAGGUCCCGCGGAUUGGACAAUGAAGUGGAUGAAGUUGACUAAGAUGCCGACAGCUAGAGACCCGGUCUUUCCAAACCUGUACCGCUACCUGCAAUAUAUCUGGAACCCCGUUGCUACACUCAUCCUCAACAAACCACAAACGUCAGAAUCGAACGUCGUCCAUCGAACUUCAGCGGCCGCUCUUGGCACCGGGUCAAACGAUUCCGCCCAUCUACAACCUCUCUCCCUAUUUGCUUCACUGGGAAAAGAAGAAAAAGAAAAUCGCGUCCGGCAACCCGCAACGAUGAUGCACGACGUCCCGCGCAUUGAGCAGCUUCUCGAGCGGUAUCUGGACCUUCUCGACGAGUACACCACCCUCCGUGAUUCUCUCGGCAAGGCACAGGCUGCCAUGUAUCAAAACCUGGCCCGCGCCAACUUCACCGCGGAACGCGGCAUGCGCUACGGCCAGGACUACUAUGACGACCGAAUGCAAGCUUCGCGGACUCUCACCAUCAGGCGCCAGGACGACCGCUCACCGCCUCGCUUUGAAGUCACCAUGCCACCAACCGAAGGCAUGGUUGACACGGACACGAAAACAGAAGACGCCUCAUCUCUCCCGGUCGACGACCAGCAGGAAGGCGGGGAACCGCCCAAAGAGGCCUCCGAGGACACCACCACUAGAACCAAACCAAGGCAUCGUGAUCCCAUCCACUGGUAUGGCAUAUUAGCUCCUAUGACAUUACGGCAAGCCCAAUCCCAAGCGGUCCGCGCCGUUCAAGAUAUCAUCCCCCGCCUCGUCACCGUCAACGCUGAACUGCAGCAUCUCGAGAUUGAGAUCCGCAGGGCUCGCAAGAAGAGGGCCAAGGCUAAAGCCGCUGCCGCUGCCGCUGCGGUGACGCCGGCAUGUGAUAAAGAUUCGGAGGCGAGCCGCACGCAAGUUCCAUCUCCUGAAGCAGCUUGUAGUCCAGUGGAAGAGACCUCUUAA